AUGCCCGACUUCAUCAAGGUCGUACUCGAAUUCCUGAUCAACGAAGGCUACAAAGAAGCGGCUGAAGCUUUGUGCCAGGACACCGGCAUCGAUUUACCAAAGGAAGAAAUCGACCACCUCGACGCGCGGGUGACGAUCAGGGAGCUGAUUGAAGAGGGCCGAAUCGAAGAGGCCAUUAUAAAGGUAGAGCAACUUUGCCCGAACCUCCUCGCCGACCACCCGGCCGUCCAUUUUCUGAUGUUGCAGCAGAGCCUCAUCGAAAUGAUCCGCAAUCACAAAACCGAAGAGGCGCUGAUGUUCUCCGAGGCGCACAUCGCCGGCAAGGACGACCAACUGACGCCGCAACAGCGGGAAGACCUGGAGAAGACGUUCGCCCUGCUGGCUUUCGAAAACCCGCUUGAAUCACCGUUUGGUGGAUUGCUCAAUCACACACAUCGACAACAGCUUGUUGUCUGGUCGGGAGCGGUGCGCGACGCCUCACGAAGGCAGCGCCGCCGCGGUCAGCAGCUC